GGGACGUGCAACGUCGCAUUCUCUUGUGCAAAGUCGAGGGCAAAUUCCAUCUUUCAGCCUUGUUUGUGGUCGCUUUUACAGCUAUUCCUCUCAAAAUCGUGCUAAAAUGGAUGCACCAUUAACACCAGAAUUAAAGAAAGAGCUUAAGAACAUCGCUGAAUCGAUCGUAAAGCCGGGCAAAGGUAUUUUAGCGGCUGACGAAAGCACAGGAACUAUGGGCAAAAGACUCAGUCAAAUUUCAGUCGAGAAUACUGAAGAGAACCGUCGACUUUAUCGCCAGCUUUUGUUUACAGCCGAUCAGAAAGUUGCUCAGCAUAUCGGUGGGGUUAUUCUGUACCACGAAACGCUCUACCAGAAAGCAGAUGACGGCACACCGUUCGUAAAAAUGAUCCAAGAUUUAGGAAUUAUUCCUGGCAUAAAAGUUGACAAGGGAGUCGUUCCCCUUGCUGGAACUGUGAACGAGGGCACAACUCAAGGUCUCGAUGGCUUGGGCGAGAGAUGUGCACAGUACAAGAAAGAUGGAUGUCAGUUUGCUAAAUGGCGUUGUGUUUUAAAGAUCGGCCCGAACAACCCCUCAGAAUUGGCCAUCAAAGAGAAUGCUAACGUUUUGGCAAGAUACGCAACGAUCUGUCAAGCGAACGGUUUGGUGCCCAUUGUUGAACCUGAGAUCUUGUGCGACGGUGAACACGACCUCGAAACUUGUCAAAAAGUGACGGAAGCUGUGAUCUCUGCAACGUACAAGGCAUUGGUUGACCAUCAUGUAUAUUUGGAGGGUACAUUACUCAAACCUAACAUGGUCACUCCAGGUACAAAAUGUGCAGACAUUUUUUGCCUCCAACACCUCGAUUUUUUGGCCUUAACUUUUAUGAUCAAGUGCAUAAAUAUAUAUAUUUUUGUUAUAUUUAUUUAAGUGUGUUUGAAGCAAAAUAUUGAAUUGUUUUUUUAAAAAACCGAGUUACAUAAUUCAACAGGAAGUCGUAAGUCCACGUAAUAAAGGUCAUGAGGUCAAAAGUUAAACCACCAAAUCAUGAUCAGUUGCAUUUAAACUAAAAAACAUUGUCUAAAUUAAAUGAAACCUUUAAACGCUUCUUGGAAACAUGAGAGUUCCAUGUGAGAAUGGCUGAAUUCCUACCAGAAGAUGUAUAAAUUCAGUAAACAACAUAUUUUCCAUUUCCUGUCAGAAUGAUGGAUAACUCAUGAUGAUUUUACCUGUGGUUGUUCAUCCUUCAAUGCAAACGACUAUUUUCUACAUCAUCUUUAGUUUAAAUUGUCAUAUCUUUGAAUUUUAGGUCAAAGUUGCUCCAAGAAGUACACCCCAGAGCAAAUCGGUGAGGCCACAGUCACAGCAUUACAGCGGACGGUACCAGCCGCUGUUCCAGGCAUAACAUUCCUGUCUGGUGGACAGUCCGAGGAGGAAGCUUCUGUCAACUUGAACGCCAUUAAUAAGCAUCCAGGUAUGGUAUAUGUACCUUGGAAGUUUAGCAGUAGUGUAAUCGGGAGGUUUGGUUUCCUCCUGUAGUAACACUAGACCAACAAGAGGCAUUUACUGGACAUCUAGGAAGAACAAUUUAGAACUGAUAGAACUAUCCAGUUAGUUUGAUUCAUUGCCAAACUCAAUGCUGCUUUCUCAACAAACAAACUAUUUAUGUUUUCAGGUAAAAAGCCAUGGGCGUUGACAUUCUCAUUUGGCCGAGCUCUUCAGGCAAGCACUCUGAAAGCCUGGGGUGGAAAAUCAGAAAAUGUCAAAGCCGGUCAAGCAGAGCUUGGAAAACGUGCUAUGGCAAAUGGCGCUGCAUCCUGCGGCAAAUACACUGGUAUUGAUAGUUUGGCUGGCAGCCAGAAAACAUUUGAAGCUAACUAUGCUUACUAAGGGGCAUUCCAUCAAUGAACUUGCUUCUGAAAACCUUCACAGAGUGUUAAUAUUUAUGGUUUUAAAAUAAUAGUCUUGUGAACUUCAAGGACUGCUCUCUACUGUAUAUCUAACGUGUUUGUAUGCUUGUGUGUGCUACUUCUAAAAGGCAAUAAUAAAAGUGCUCAAACA